AUGUCUACUCUUCUGGAUAACAUCAUUUCUAUCAUUGACAUUUUCGAACAUUAUUCAAGCAAAUACAUGGAAAAUGACACAUUGUGCGAAAAGGAACUGAAGGAACUUCUGGAAACCGAGUUCCGGCCAAUUCUGAAGAACCCAGAUGAUCCAGAUACUGUUGAUGUAUUCAUGCACAUCCUAGAUAUAGACCACAACAAGAAAGUGGACUUCACUGAGUUCUCACUGAUGGUAUUCAGGUUGUCUCAAGCAUACUAUGACUCUACGAAGAGACAAAAAAUUGAAACAUCAGACCGAAAACAUACAAAGCACUCUCACACAGAAAAAAAUAAUCAAGAUGGAGUAAAGGAUGUAGAUAGUGACGAGGAAAAGAGAAGGGACACGAGUCAUUCAAAACGUCAUGGAAGGAGAGAGGAAAAGAGUCCAAUUAGAACAGACAGAAAGAAACACGGACAUACCACAAAAAAUAAAGAAAGAAGUGAUGGUUCAUCAUCAUCUCGCCAUACAGAAAAAAAGGGGAAAAAACAACAUCAUGAGAAACGAGGUAAAAGCAUCAGGUCCAGUUCAAUCGAGUUAGAAGAAACAAGGGGUGAAAAAAGAAAAAACAAUAAUGGACGAACAAUGGGAGGUGAAGAUGAAUAUGGUUAUGAAGAAAAGGGUAUAGAAAGUGAAAACUGUAGACAUUCAAGUUAUGUCUCUUCCUAUGCAGUCAUGGAUCAAGAGGCCAGCGACAGUGAAGGACUAUCAGAAAAUUCAGAGAGAAAACAGUUGUCACAUAAAAGUAGGAAAUAUGAAAUAACUCCAGUGCAGUCAAGAGACAGGACUAAGCACUCAGAGACUCAUCACAAGUCUGAUUCAACCCAUGGACACUCAGAAUCCAAUGGCAGAGGAAGACAAGGAUCUGCUCAUGGACAGUCUGUAGACAGCUCUAGGCAUUCCCGAUCUCAUAAGGAAGAGACAGACUCCCAUGGACAGCCACGCUCAAGUGCAAGAGGAAGACAUGAAUCUCCAAAAGGACAGUCAGCUGAACGCCCCAGGCAUUCCAGAUCUGCACACGAAAGGUCACAGUCUGGGGCCACAGUGGGAAGACACACUGGAGCCACUGCUGAACAGCAACUGGAUAUUAGAAAGAAACGGCAGAAAUUCAACAGAACAAUUGGCAUGAAUCCAUCCCAGCUGGUGGACAUUACCUUUGAGGCAUUUAACAGCCGAGAACACAAGAAGUCUCAGGCCGUAACUGUCUUCCUAAAGACCACUAGAGGAAGAGAUUAUGAAGAGGACUUGGCUGAGAGAGCUUGA